CUACUUGCACUUUGAUGUGCUUUCGAACUGCUAGGUGGGCAGGAGCUGGGACCGAACAACGGGAGCUCACCCCGUUGCAGGGAUUCGAACCGCCGACCUUCUGAUCAGCAAGCCCUAGGCUCUGUGGUUUAACCCCCAGCCCCACCUGGGUCCAAUUUAAGGUACAAUCAUGAUUAAGGUUUAAAAUGACAACUUCAGGUUAUAUUUUAGUGAGUAAGAUCUAAUUUAUAUUUUUUAAUUGCUGCUACAUCUGUACUGUCCCUGUUACACCGAAUUGCAAAUUUAAAUGUGUUUCAAAAAAAAAGAAAGUGAUAUGGUUUUGUCCAUGACAAGUAUAUUCGGGCACUUUCUCCCACAGUGAAGGGUGAGCUCAGCAUCCCUGCUGAGUUUGCCCCCACCCCCACCCCCAAAUCCCACCUCCGUCCCCUUAGCUUGGCCAGCCCACUUUCUAAUCUCUCCUCUGUCCAUUUGGCAUCUGUUCAGUAUUAUCCUGCUAAGGAAUGCAGGCAGGAGGACCCAGAUCGCCAGGAGUCAGAAGAGAGGGUUGGCGCUGCCAGGACCAGAGGCCCUUCUUAGCUUCUUGGACCUUUGGCAAGGAGAACACUUUACCCGAGUCUUCCCGCAGGUAAAUGAAAAGGGAAGAAAAGUUUCUGCACUCUCAAUUGCUGGUUUAAGGCGUGUUUGGUUCGCUGGGGUGGGGGCUGGGGGUUCUCCCAUGUUCUCUAGGGUGCAAUUAUUAUUUUUCCCUGUUGCAUUUUGUUGUUGAGGUCUUGCUUCAAAAGUGGUGGCUGUUUUUUAUUGCGGGGGAAGAGAAACAGCCAGAGUUUAGUGAUUAAUCCUCUUUAAAAGAACAGCAGCAAGAAAGAAAACCAGACAUUCCACAGGCAGUUCUGAAGGGGCCACUGUUUGCUGAGAAGGACUUUUUUUUUUUCUUUUGCUAAGGCAAAAUUCCUGAGUGAGGAGGAGGAAAAGGUAACAGCAGCAACAGUAGCUGUGGAUCUCUCUCCUUCCUUCCUUCCUUCCUUCCUUCCUUCCUUCCUUCCUUCCUUCCUUCCUUCCUUCCUCUGCAUCUCUUCCCCCCUUUAAGCUCUUUGGAAAAGGUGGUACAGUAGUUAAAAACAGUUCAUCAUAAUAAAAUUAUUGUGAAUUCCGAUGAGAUAAGUUGGCUAGACAAACCUUUAGACGCCAUCUGAAGGCGGCCCUGUAUAGGGAAGUUUUUAAAUGUUGAAUGUUUUAUUGUGUUUUUUUAUAUAUGUGUUGGAAGCCGCCCUAGAGUGGCUGGGGCAACCCGGUCAGAUGGGCGGGGUAUAAAUAAUUGAAAUUAUUAGCAUGAUUAUUUUUUAUCUGAACUACCCUAGAGUUCUUUCCUAUUGAGGGUGGAACUGCACCCACAAAGAAAAGGUAAGCAAAAGGGCCAUUUUGGAAGCAUAGCAAAGAGAAAGAGAAAAGGAUUUCUCUGUCGCAAGCUGCACAGGCAAGUGAACCUCCCCUUGUUACAUGUUGGGAAAUAAAGUAAAUGUCUAGCUCUUCAUUGAAGUCGCAGAAACAGACGACAAUGGAGGUGCUUAAUAUUUUCAGUGGUCAAACGGAUCCCCUUUCUAUUCUAAUCAGAAUAAAUUGAGCAAAACGUGGAAGUUUAAGUGUAUUUUGUUCUGAUUUGUUCCAUUUAUCUAUAGGCUGAAAUAUUUGACUUUUCUUAGUGCAGAAUGGAGUGCGUGUUUUAAGAAUCUGUAAAGCUCUGGAGACGGCAGACAAACAAAAUAUAUUAACGGUGCACAUUAGGGUUACGUCCUGGCCUCUUGCACUGUAAAGUAGGCCCACAACUUAACACGCGUGUAACUUGUGCACAUUCAUCUUUAUGAACUUGGCCAAUAAAUAAAUAAAAAGGGGUUGGACAUCCAGGAAAAAGACACUGGCAAUCCCACCCACCUUUGAACCCAGUAACUAUAGGCCAGGCAUGUCCAACAGGUAGAUCGUGAUCCACCAGUAGAUCACUGGAUGUCUGGGGUAGAUCACUGGUAGAUCACUGCCCCAAAGAAGCUGAACAACUGUGGCUCCCCUAAAAAACCUCAACCUUUUACCUCCUCCCCAAAAAAACUCAACAACUUUGAUCCACCCCCCCCCCCAAAAAAUGGGCUUUCCUUCCUCCUAAAAAAAGCUCAACAACUUUGACAUGAACUCCAAAAAAAGGGGGUAGAUCACUGCCAGUUUUUAACUCUGUGAGUAGAUCGCAGCCUCUUGGGAGUUGGCCACCCCUGCUAUAGGCAAUUUUGGCUUUAGGCGUGAUUCCCAGAUCGUAAGUUGUGGGCCUACUGUACCUGCAAACAGUGCCCAUGUAAUUCUUCCUCCCCAAAGCCAGCCAAGACGUUUUGUUACUGCUGGUAAAUAAAAGACUGGGUCUCCCCUUGCCUUCUGUGUGCAGAAGCCGACCAGGCGGGUGGCAGCUGAAUCAUUCUUCGACACAGACUGAGCGCACACACCAUGCAUUUAAACCACACGGUUUCCCUCCAGGAAUCCUGGGAACUAGUACGUUGCGGGUGCUGGGAAUCGUAGCUCUGCGAGGGGCAAACAACAGUCUCCAGGAUUCUUUGUGCGCAGGGUGUGUGUGCUUUAAAUGCAGUGGUACCUCAGGUGAAGAACUUAAUUCGUUCCGGAGGUCCAUUCUUAACCUGAAACUGUUCUUAACCUGAAGCACCACUUUAGCUAAUGGGGCCUCCUGCUGCCGCCGCACAAUUUCUGUUCUCAUCCUGGGGCAGAGGUACUAUUUCUGGGUUGGUAGAGUUUGUAACCUGAAUCAUUUGUAACCUGAAGCGUUUGUAACCUGAGGUACCACUGUAUAUGGUUCAUGCCCUCCAACAUUUAUUCGAUGAAAAUAGGGACGUCCCAAGCGGGAGAUUCCAGGAUCAAAUCAGCUGGAACGUGUCCAGAGGAGGGCAACCAAAAUGGUCAAAGGCCUGGAAACGAUGCUUUAUGAGGAACGGCUUAGGGAGCUGGGUAUGUUUAGCUUGGAGAAGAGAAGGUUACGGGGUGAUAUGAUAGCCAUGUUCCAGUAUAUUAAAGGAUGUCAUAUAUUAUAGAGGAGGGAGAAAGGUUGUUUUCUGCUGCUCCAGAGAAGCGGACACGGAGCAAUGGAUUCAAACUACAAGAAAGAAGAUUCCACCUAAACGUUAGGAAGAACUUCCUGACGGUAAGAGCUGUUCGACAGUGGAAUUUGCUGCCAAGGCGUGUGGUGGAGUCUCCUUCUUUGGAGGUCUUUAAGCAGAGGCUUGACAGCCAUCUGUCAGGAAUGCUUUGAUGGUGUUUCCUGCUUGGCAGGGGGUUGGACUGGACGGCCCUUGUGGUCUCUUCCAACUCUCUAUGAUUCUAGAAAGUGGGACGGCUUCUGUCAAUCCACGACGGUCCCUGGGAAAUAGGGACACUUGAUGGGUUUGGGAUUGCAGCUUCUCCCACCUCCCGGCACUUGAUGUCGGAGGCAGCCGCCUCACUUUCCCCGACAAUAGGGCUAGAUUUCCCCACAGCUUGUGUGCGCACUCGAAACACACCCAUCUCCUCUUGAUUCAAGAUGACGACUGGGCAGGCCUAGUGAGGCCAGUAGUGUGUCCAAGGAAACACUCUCCCAUUCCUUGCACUGUUUGCUUUGGGCCGUGAAGACAGGGGGCAAAGGUCAACAGCGCCGCUCCUGUUUGCUCCAUUGCUUUCCUUGCACGGAAGUUCCUCCUGGCAGCACCAGCGGCGGCGGCUGUGAUCCUGCGGAGGCCAGGUGAGACCCUUCUUCCCUCCGCCCCAUCCUGCUGCAGACAAGUUGAAUUUCCCAGGUGGAAGCGCUUCUGAAGUGUCCUAUGUCCUAAGUGUUCUCUUCCCUGAGGGUACAACGGGCCAGCAAUGGAGACGGUUGUGAUUGUGGCCAUUGGGGUGCUGGCGACCAUCUUCCUGGCUUCUUUCGUGGCUCUGGUCGUGGUGUGCAGGCAACGUUACUGCCGGCCCAAGGACUUCUUGAACCAUUAUGAUACCAGGCCCAUCGUUGACUUCAGUGGCACCAUGGAAACCCAAUCUGAACCUUCAGAAUUGGAAUUGGAUGACGUGGUUCUAACAAACCCACAUAUUGAAGCCAUCCUGGAGAACGCAGACUGGAUUGAAGAUGCUUCGGGCCUGGUCUCCCAUUGCAUUGCUAUCCUGAAGAUCUGCCACACCCUCACCGAGAAGCUUGUUGCCAUGACGAUGGGCUCGGGGGCCCAAAUGAAGCCUCCGGCAAGCCUCAGCGACAUCAUUGUGGUUGCCAAGCGGAUAAGCCCCAGGGUCGAUGAUGUGGUCCGAUCCAUGUACCCACCACUGGAUCCCAAACUUCUGGAUGCCAGGACAACAGCGCUGCUCCUUUCGGUCAGCCACUUGGUCUUGAUCACCCGCAACGCCUGCCACUCCCCCAGCCGCAUGGACUGGAUUGACCAAUCGCUGUCUGCGGCAGAGGAGCACAUGGCUGUGUUGCGCGAGGCAGCCCUUGCCUCUGAACCGGAGCGCACUGGGCCAAGCGGCGAUGCUUUCCUGCAGGAGCAGUCGACGAUCUGAGAGAUAAAUCAGAAGGCCAGAGCUCCUCGGAUGAACUGUUCCCCGCUGUCGUCUCCUCUCUUCCCCUCACCUAGCGCCACAGUCGUGACCGCAAAGCUUGUGCCGUCCGCUGCGUAGCGUAGUUUUGCUGCACGGUUAGCACCCCAGAGAUACAGGACUGAAUCUCUGCUCCCUUGAUGUCUUGUUCUAAUUCUCUCCCAUGUGUGGAACUGGUGACACUGAGAUGCCAGGUCAGAAGUGGGGUGCUGUUGGGUUUUUUUUUUACAGCGAGAAGAAAAACGUCAUCUAUUGUUGAAGUACAAGUAAGGCCACAUAAAGGGGUGCUGUGUCAAAAUCUGGAACCCAUACAGAUUGCAAAGAUCUACUUGAGGUAUGUCUGGGGUUCGAGGGCCUGGCUAGUAGGAUUUACGGCUUUGCAUUAUUAUCCGAAACCAUUAUUAUCACAAGCUGCCUUUGAAAGCUCCCUCCAUUUCUGGGAAUGUAGAAAUGUAGUUGGAUUCUAAGGCCUGUGUUCCUAAAGUUUUAUUUAUAUACUCUGAGCAUAGCUGUCAACCCUCCCUUUUUUUGCGGGAAAUUCCCUUAUUCCAGCGCCGUUUCCCACUGCUAUCCCGGAUUGUUAGACAUACCGUAGAACUGUCCCCGGGACGGGUGAGGCUGCUGAUCCCUUAUUUUCAAAUCCGAAAGUUGACAGCUAUGACUCUGAGCAUCCUACAGUACAAACUGAAGACUACAGAGAGCUGGAAUGUAACUCAUCUUGUUCCAGUACAUUUCUGGUGCACAGAACCGACGUUUAAGUUUAAAUUGGUUUUUUUAACAUUUAAAAUGUAAGCAGAUUCCUCGCUAAUUCAUCUUAAGGCACUUCCACAUGGUCUGUUUUUUAUUGAGCACUCCUCAUAGAAUUUAUAGAAUGGUAGAGUUGAAAGGGACCCUAAGUGUCAUCUAGUCCAGCCCCCUGCAAUGCAGAAAUCUUGAUUUGUUCACUUACAAUUUGCACAGAGGUUAUAUAACAUCACUUGUAGUCCUGUGCUUUCCGUACUGAAAAAAAGUCAGAUAAGAAGAGAAGGAAUAGCAAAUUGCACUGGAAAGUGUGGCAAAAUAACCACUAGCUUGAAAUAACCACUGGAUCUUUGUGUACAAAUCAGAAUGAAUUCGCAAUAAACAGCCAGUUGGAUGUCCCCUUGGUCUAAAUUGGCUUUAUGCAAAGAGGUUUUUCCUCCUAUGCAAAGGAACAUGUUUAUACUUUUGGGAUAAACCUGUCAGCAUUUUUAUUCCUUUGGGAUUGUAUAUGCAUACGUUUCUUGAUAACAUAUUUAGGGUGAGUGCUGCCCAUAUGCCUAACCAUUAGGCCACCAUGCCUUGCAAACUACUUCAAAAAUAAAAGGGCCCUUUUCAAAAUAUAUCUGGGGAGGGGGGGAAUGAAAUAUUUAGGGCAGCUCUUCAGAUCAUCUUUUCCCUAUCAAAUCCAUGUGUGUCCCACUCUGAAAAUGAAUUUUAAAAAUGAAUUUGCUCGUGGUUGAUUCUAAAAUGAGAGGUGAAGGGGCUCAGACCCAUUCCAUGUCAUGAUAUCAGACACAGAUAUCUCCCCAUCAGGACCAGCCCCAUACAUUUGGCCGUCUAUAUGUGAGCAUUAAACACGUCCCUUGCAAUUCAAAGUGCUGGAGUACAUAAGGCAGAAAAUCCCACCAACACCUUUCCUUCUCCUUUGCAGCAAAAGUACAACCAUAGCUGCCAAGUUUUCCCUUUUCUCACGAGGAAGCCUAUUCAGCAUAAGGGAAUUUCCCUUUAAAAAGGGGUAACUUGGCAGCUAUGAGUACAACUGUAAUAAAUAAAAUAAUUAACAAUCUGCUUCCCUUUUGUGACAGAGGGGGUGGAAAUUUCUUCACCCAGUGGUAGGGCCGUACCAGUACGAAAUUUUAGAUGUAUGUGGGCUGUUUAUGGCUCAGUGAACUCCACACAUGUUCAAAGAUAUUUAUUUGUUACCGACGCUGUUAAUUUUCAAGAACAUCCACUUUCCCUUAUUUUUUAAGGAAGAUGUGAAUCUCAGUCAACUGAUCCUUCAGCUGAAUGCUCGUUGUUCAGCCUGACACAACUUCUCUCAAAACCACACUCUUUCCUAGCUUGGGCUGUGCAAAUAUUUUCAUCUGUGGACUUGACGCUCCUAUUUCCGCUCUUCAUUCAAACUGUUGUCUUGAAAUAAAAUAUGGGAGUUCCCAUCACCUAAACGUAAGAGUGCUUCCAGACAUGGGAGUCAUAUUGCAAAAAGGUGUUUGACGUCCUUUUCUUUUUCUUUUUAACUGACAGGUUUUUUUGUGGAAAGUAUAAACCUGGAUUAAAGGGGGAAAUACAGGCUGGUGUUUAGGUGCUUACGAUAGGGGGGCAGGUGCUGUGAAAAGCUUGCAAGCAUGAACGACGCCAACAAUAAAUACCUAUCUGGAACUACUGCUUAGUCAGGAAAAUGGUUAUCCAAAGGUGGGUCAGCACCAUUUAUAGACAUUGAUAAUGACAUGUAAUUUGUUAAGACCUACUUUAUUACAAUAAAAAUUGCAAUGGUUCUCUACAGCAGGGGUGGCCAACUCCCAAGAGACUGCGAUCUACUCUCAGUGUUGAAAACUGGCAAUGAUCUACCCCCUUUUGGGGGCUCCAGGUCAAAGUUGUUGAGCUUCUUUUAGGGAAGAGGAAGGCCCAUUUUUAAGGGGUUCAGGUCUAGCUUUUUUAGGGAGGAGAAAAGCCAGUGAUCUACCAGUGAUCUACUACAGAUGUCCAGUGAUCUACCAGUAGAUCACGAUCUACCUGUUGGACGUGCCUGCUCUACAGUAUUGCAAAGAACAUGGCUUUUGUCCCAAACUGUUCUUACCUGUGUCUGAAACAAAAUAAUACAUUGUACUGGGUGUGACACCUGGAUGUAACAACAUAGUGUAAUUUACUUGGAAACUUGUGGAGAAUUAACAGCCCCGUACAGUUAAAGCAGUAUCGUGCCACUUUAAAGAGUCAUAGCUUCUCCCAAAGAAUCCUGGGAAACGUAGUCUCUUAAAGGACACUGAAAGUUGUUAGGUGACACCUGUUCCGCUCACAGAGCUAAAAUUUCCAGAACGGUUUAGCAUUCAAUCCCUCUUCUCUGGAAAUCGAAGCUCUGUAAGGAAUUGGGUCUCCUUACAACUCUCAACAGCUUUAAAGAUACUACAGUUCUCAGGAAUUAUGGGGAAAGCCAUGACGGUAUGAUACUUCUUUAAACAUCCCAUGCGUUUUUGUAAACCACUUUGAGGGUUUCUUUGUUUUUGGCAAUUAAGCGGUGUAUACUUUUUACAAAAGAAAUAAAAAUAAUAAG